CUUUUUGGGAAAGUAACAAUUUAUGUUUUUAUGUGUCUUCUAUGGGAUUGUUGGUUGUUGAAAUGAUAGUUGAUGGACAUGCCUACAACCUAUUAAAAGCAUCUCUCUAUAUUAUCCUAGAAUUAGUAAUGGUAAUAGUUUGAGAAUUAAAAUACUAUGCUGAUUAUUAAUUGGAAAAUAAUGUAUUUUACAAAUUGAAAGUUAGAUUCAGACUAAAUAAAUGCUUCAAGAAGUAGUUCCUCCUAUGAGAAUGUUUUAGCUAUAACUCCUGCUUGAGUCGUAUCUUAAAUUUUUUCUCAGUAGUUAUUUUUGAUCAACCAAAAGAAUUAUAAUAGAUCAU